GGUUUUAACCUGAUAACUGCAGUUAUAAGUCACAGAAAUCUUGCUUUUGCUCUUCCUGUUCCCGAAUCGGUGACAUAGGCCUUGCUACUGAAAUCUAAAGAAACUACAGAACCCCUGAAAGAAAAACAACUGAUGAAAGAAGAAUGAAAGAACUCAUACAACAAUAGCAUGGAAUGAACAGAUCAGGAUUUCAAGGCAUCAGUAAUCCCUCUCUGCAGCCAGAGCUGCACACAGUGGUUGGCCAUGGAGACCGGCCCUCCUGCAGGGGCAGGUUCACGUGAUGAGAGGACCCACCUCCGCUCCAGCUCAAAAGGGACUCCCCAUUAUGGAACCAUUGCCGACGGCCAAGUGGACAGCUCAACGCGCACAACAGGAAUCUCACAAAGGCGUGCCUACAUAGCAGUGGCUAUACUAUGCUAUGUCAAUCUGCUGAAUUAUAUGGACCGCUACACAAUUGCAGGCAUACUUCCGAGUAUCCAGAAAUCCUUCAACAUAAGUGACAGCACAUCUGGCCUGCUGCAAACAGUUUUUAUCUGCAGUUUUAUGCUGCUGGCCCCUGCCUUUGGCUACCUCGGAGAUCGCUACAACAGGAAGUACAUCAUGGUUGGGGGUCUUGCUGUAUGGAUUGUGACCACACUUGGCAGCUCUUUCAUCUCAGACUCGUAUUUCUGGGUGCUGGUGCUGAUGAGGGCUUUUGUUGGUACGGGAGAGGCCAGCUUCGUCACCGUCGCCCCCACCAUCAUCGGGGACCUCUUCAGUGACUCCAAGAGGACUCUCAUGAUCUCCUUCUUCUACAUCUUCAUUCCUGUUGGAAGUGGUCUUGGAUACAUUGUAGGAUCCACAAUUGCCAGGGUCACUUUGCAAUGGCGUUGGGCUCUGAGGCUUAAUCCCAUCCUUGGAGCCUUUGGACUACUGCUCUUGCUCUUUUUUACCCCAAACCCGCCGAGGGGGGCCUCUGACUCCCAGGGAGGGGCGCAAAUCGAGAUGACGUCCUAUCUGGAAGACAUCAAGUACCUCUUACGGAAUCGGAGCUUUGUGUGGUCUUCGCUGGGUGUGACCGCCAUGGCUUUUGUCACGGGGGCACUGGCCUUCUGGACACCCACAUUUUUGUCCCGGGCCCGGGUGACGAUGGGCCUCAGACCUCCAUGCGUGAAGGAACCAUGUGACACCUCUGACAGCUAUAUAUUUGGGGCGAUCACUGUGGUAACAGGAAUCGUGGGGGUUUCUUUGGGCACCUGGAUAUCUAGACGGCUUCGAGACAGGGUGCCCAAUGCUGAUCCACUGAUCUGCGCCGUGGGCAUGCUAGCCUCCGCUCCCUGUUUCUUCAUCGCCAUAGUACUGGCGUCGAUAAGCAUCCCUGCAACAUACGUGUUCAUUGGUAUUGGAGAGACUCUUCUCUCACUAAACUGGGCCAUUCUUGCUGACAUCCUGCUGUAUGUUGUCGUGCCGACACGGAGAGCUACAGCAGAAGCCUUACAGAUAAUGGUGUGCCAUCUCUUGGGUGACGCUGGAAGUCCUUAUCUGCUGGGUGCGAUCUCUGACGCUCUGAGUAAGUACAACCCGGACUCCCUGAUCUGGCGCUUCCGCAGUCUGGAGUACAGUAUGCUGCUCUGCCCAUUCAUGGGCGUCCUGGGAGGGCUCUUCUUCCUCAUGACGGCCCUCUACAUCAAAGAGGACAGGAAGGCUGCACAGCUCUUGAUCGCAGGUGAACCUCCUGUUCAAAUUGUCCCUAUGCCACCGGAUAUCCAACCCACUGCGUGAUGGAGAGUGGGGGUUGCUGUUGAAUGCACGACACAACAGCUACAUCAACUUCUCCAGGGUGUUACUGGAGGAUGUAGUGUUUAUCAUUCUGGCACUUUGACACCUUCAAAGCUCUAAAGGCACUAACAGUCUCAGUUUAGCCCUCUCAGUCCGGACAUCUAUUCAAAGGUUAGACGAGGGUUAUGAAGUCAAGAUAUUGACUGUAAAAAAAAAAAAAAAAUCCAUCAAACUGCUUAUGAGGUUGACUGUUACCAUAGAAACCUUGUUUUAUACUGUACAUAGCCAUGAUCCAGUAUCUAGUGCCAAGUCAUUACUUUUUUUUAUAAUAAUAGUGCAUUUAAUUAGGCCGUCCAUAUGUCUCCAGCUGAACUACACCCUACACAACAUCUUACCUGUUCAAAACAUGCUAGAAUCAGCGUACUGAAGCUGUUUCACACACUCAGCACAGCUGGCCUCUGUUAAUGAGAAUGGCAGGGGGAUGAAACCCACCCCAGGAUCCUGUGUAGAGCAGCCUGUUCCCAACCACCACCUUGGAGUCCAGCUAUGUCAAAUGUGCCUGUGCGUUUAUUUAUUUUUUUACUGUUUUUAUUCUUCUGUGCCUUUGCGAUUUAUUUUUACUCUUUCAAAUAAAACCCAAUGCUUCUACGGUU